AUGACAAUUGUGAGGUGUUUGCUUAAUGUUGUAGUGACCAAAGGAUGGACACUUCACCAAAUGAAUAUGAGUAAUGAUCUCCUACAUGCGGAAUUAGAUGAGGAAGUAUAUAUGGAGGUUCCGCCAGGUUACAAUGUUUUUGAUAAAGAAAUGAUGAAGAACUUGGGGGAGUUAAGAUAUUUUCUUGGUCUAGAGUUAGCUCGUGGAUCUUAUAGAUUAUUCAUUUGUAAAAGAAAGUAUGCCUUAGACAUUCUAAAUGAAUGUGGGAUGCUAGCUUGCAAUCCUUCAUCUACACCACUUGAACCAAACCAUAAUUUAGCAUUGGAUUCAAGUCCUUUAUAUGAGAAUCCUUCACAGUACCAUAGUCAAUUUAUGCAUGAACCUCAUCAUGGGCACUGGGAUGCAGCCAUGCAUGUUUUGAGGUACUUGAAGUCUUCAUUGGAGCAAGGAAUCAUCAUACCAAGAGAUAAUGACCUUAGACUAGUUGCAUAUUGUGAUUCGAAUUAUGCAUCAUGUCCAUUAACUAGAAGAUCAGUAUCAGGUUAUGUCAUAAAGUUAGGAACAACUCCCAUUUCAUGGAAAACCAAAAAGCAAACUACUGUAUCAAGGUCCUCGAGUGAAGCAGAUUAUAGAGCAAUGGCUCACGCCACAAGUGAAGUCAUAUGGUUAUGA